AUGAGUGACAAAAAAGUAAAUAAAAUUUGCGUAGUGUGUGGUGACAAAGGGAUCGUCAUUGAACUGUCCAUCGGAUGGGAAAUGUGUCAUAAAUCCUGUGACCAGAAGAAUGUGCCAGAAGAGUUUAUAAGAGAUCCCGAGCAAAAUGAAAAUCGCAAGAAACUGAUCAAGCUCAAUAAAUUAAAGCGCGAACAAUGCGAUGAAAGUAUCAUAUCCUCGACAAGUGAUUCAUCGGAAGACUUACUAAUCUUUGACGAAAAGACCGAAAAACAUAUUUUCAAUUCACUUAUUGAAGAUUCACUCGAUAUUAGUGAUGAGGAUUAUGAGGGUUUAAAUCAGUUAGAGGGCAGUCGCAUAUCUGAGUUAGAUAAUGAUAAUGCAAUAGUGGCCAAAUGGGAUAUAUUUCAACUAGAUGCUAAAUAUUAUGAUAUAAUGAGAGACUUUACAAACAAAAUAUUGAGGGAGUGGGAUGACAACGACUCCGUUGCUAUUGAUUUAUUGACCGCGAUCACACUAUUCAAUCCAAAUCGACCUAAUUUAACACAUAAACAAAAUGUUAGCACUACAUUACAACAUUAUGAAGGUUUCAAUCAGUUAGAGGGCAGUCGUAUAUCCGAGUUAACCCGAGCAACGAAUAGUAACAACACUACACUGUUGACCGCAAUCAUACUUUUCAAUCCAGAUAGACCUAAUCUCAUGCAUAGACAUAAUGUUAGGUUAAGAAUAAUUGCAGUACCUAUGACCAGAAUUUGUGAAGUAUGCGGUGAUAAAGGAGUUGCCAUUAACCUGUCCAUCAGGCGAGAUCCCGAAGAGAAUGAAUAUAGAAAGAAACUGAUCAAGCUCAAUAAAUUGAAACGACAACAAGAUUAUGAGGGCUUCAAUCAAUUGGAAACCAGACGGAUAUCAGAGUUAAUGAGAGCUACGGACAACAACAAUACAUUAGUGACUAAUUUGAGACUGAUGGCGAUCACACUUUUCAAUCCAAAUAGACCUGACUUAACGCAUAGACAUAAUGUGAAAACGUUAAGUAAAAAUUAUACUAUAAUUACGUGCGAGUCCUGUAAAGUCUUCUUUAGACGGUUUGCGCUCAAAACUAAAGAAUUCAUAAGAAAUGUCGAGCAGAAUGAAAAUAGAGCAAAAGUGGUCAGGCUAAAUAAAUUAAAACGUAAACAUAUAGUUGAAAGUGGUGUGUCGGCCACAAAUUAUGGGGGCUUGAAUCAUUUGGAAAUGACCCGAAUAUCGGAGUUAACCAAAGCUACGGUUAGGUUUAACUAUCCGUUUGGCAAUAAGUUACUGAGAAUUGGAAACUUAGAAGAAUUGAUCAUAAAUUCAAACCAAAAGAACGAGAGUGUCAUCAAAGAUAUCAUAGAUUUUACUCAAUGUUUGAAUGGAUUUAAUAACAUUUGUUUCAACGAUCGGUUGGCACUACUGGACAAUGACACUAUAUUGGUGACCGACCUGGAAUACACUAAUAUGAUUGUGAGUGAAUUGAACUACAAUGACCCGGUUGCCAUUGAUCUGUUGACCGCGAUCACACUAUUCAACCCAAAUAGACCUAACUUAAAACAUAAACAUCAUGUUAGAUUUGAAUUGUUUAAAUACCCGGCCUCCCUGUGCUCUAACCAUUAG